AUGCACAAGUUUUACCUGCUCUUGUUUCCUGUCUUAAGAGUCUAUGGUGCUCUGCUCUAUGCUAACCUUAGAAGCAAUGUGACUUUACCUUGUUUCUAUGCCUCCAGUACCAAAUAUUUGUUUUGGUACAAGCAGGCUGCAGGGGAACAGCCUCAGAAAGUAUCCUCUUUCUACAAACAUUUAGAUGAUUCCAACAACUUCCACAGCCAGUUUCGAGAGGAUAAACGGUUUUCAGUCCACAUUGGAGCAGGUUUCUAUCACCUGAUCAUUUCUGAUGUCCAGGACCUAGAUUCAGCCAUGUACUACUGUGGACAAAGUAGUAUUACAGGCAUAGAAUUUGUCAAUGGAACAUUUUUGGUUAUAAAAGAGUCUGAUUGCAGGUCUUUCCUCCAGCAGCCAGUGUCCAGCUCUGUGCAGCCAGGCGGCUCUGUCACUCUGAACUGUACAGUGCACACUGGAACCAGUGACAUUGAACACAGUGUCUACUGGUUCAGACAGGAUUUGGAAAACUCCCACCUAGGAAUCAUGUACGUGCACGUGCACAGCAGCAGUCAGUGUGUGAAGAGCGCCAGCAAUGGGUCUCCUGAAAAGAGCUGUGUGUACAGUUUACCAAAGAGGAAUGUGAAGCUGUCCGAUGCUGGAGUGUACCACUGUGCUGUGGCUUCAUGUGGACAAAUAUUGUUUGGCAAAGGAACAAGACUCGAUGUUGAGGGAGAACAGUCUGACACUUUCAGCUCCUUGAAUUAUGUGGUUGCAGCUCUGCAUGUGUCUGUUAUCUCGAACAUCAUCCUAAUCUGCAUCCUCUGCAAAAGGUCCAGGAGAACAUAUCUUCACUGUGGAGGGUUGAAUCCUCAGCCAAAUGCUCCAGACCCUACUGAUGGUCAGAAUGAGGGAACAGAUUCUCUGCAGUACGUUGCUCUGGAAUUUAAAAAGAGGCAAAGCACGAGCAGGAGACCAAGGAGCACAAAGGAGGAGAUGGUUUACUCUGGAGUUAGACUGUCAGACCUGGAGUGA